CAUGUGACGGGGCGUUGCUCUGCUAUAGGUGAAAAUUUGGCGGGAACAUUAGUGCUGACUGUGUCUCCUCUCCAUCACCAUGCCGCUCGCUCCUGUGUGCACCUCUCCCGCCAAACGGCCCAAAGAAGACGAUGUGAGAGAGAGGAGCGGCCCGGUGCUGAGAUUCGCCAAGCUGUCAGAGAAUGCCUACACACCCACCAGAGGAUCCGCCCGGGCUGCGGGAUAUGAUCUGUACAGUGCCUAUGAAUACGUAAUUGGUCCACAUGACAAAGCUAUUGUCAAAACUGACAUCCAGAUCUGUGUUCCAAGAGGAUGCUAUGGCCGAGUUGCUCCACGAUCUGGAUUAGCUGCCAAGCACUUCAUUGAUGUUGGAGCUGGAGUUAUUGAUGAAGACUACAGAGGAAAUGUUGGUGUUGUGUUGUUUAAUUUUGGCAAUGAAUCCUUUAAAGUUAAUAAAGGAGACCGAGUGGCUCAACUGAUCUGUGAAAGUAUUCUGUACCCUGAUCUGGAAGAGGUGAAGACCCUAGAUGAGACGGAGCGAGGUGCUGGUGGCUUUGGAUCGACUGGUCAAAAAUGAAUUUGCUGUUUAAAAUGUUUUAUGUACAUACC